CCACAUGAGCGCUGCAGCAGAUGAACGUUUAUUGAGCUUUCUUGUUGCGAUCGAACAUCUUUCCCAAAACCGAACAACACACUCUCGCUCACUCGACGAACUUUCAAGCCGCCUCUUGACCAUCAUCAACCCUACCACCUUCCCCCCUUCGCAUCGUGGGUACAUUACACAUGCGCCUUGCCAUUGCGUCUCCGUUCCACGACGGAGGCUUCCACUCACGACCCACCCGUCCAGCGUUGCCAACAACGCCAAUCCAUCUGCUGUAAUCCAGAACUCUUGCCACGAUGGCGCCAAAGCUCGCCUCCAGCGGCGAGACGGCCGCGCUCAUUCGCUCGCUUCAGGAAAUGUCCGUCGAGCAACAAGCUGUCUUGGCACAGAAGUCCGUCACACUGCUCGAUGUCCAAGGUCGUCCAGAUGUGGGAGGCACGAAAGGUCGUCCUAUCCCUCUGUAUGCCAACAUGUACAGUCUUGGUAUCGCAGGUCAAGCUGCUAAUAGUGGUGGUAACAAGCCAUCUGCUCGAGGUGCUCGCGGCGGUGCGACACCGGCCCGCGGGGGUCGCGGUGGAGCCGUGAGCUCCCGUGGCUCUGGCACCGGCAAAGCUGUGCGAGAAGUCUUCCACUACGAUGUCAUCAUCGAGUCCGUACCUUACACAGGCGACGAUGGAAAGACUCGCGGCACCCCAAAGAAAGACGACUUUCCGCCGCGCGUCAAUCACGAUGUGCUCGAGCACGGUCUAGCUCAAGCCGUCAAGCGAGGCGAGAUCACACAGGAGAUGGCUACCAGUGUGGCAUACGAUGGGCGCAAGAAUGCCUACUCGCCAACGGAGCUACCAAUUGACAAGAACCAGCUCAAUGUCGAACUUCCGCCCAAGCCCAUCAUCGGCGCCACCACUGAGCAGCAGCCAUCCGGAAAAGAACGCCCUCGUCAGUUCAAGCUGACCUUCACUCAGGUUGCCACGGUGGACUUUGAAAUCCUAGAGCCCUUCUGCGCUGGCGAUCGCAACACUAUCCAUGCCGGCGGCGCUACGACGAAUGAAAAGGUCACGACGGCUCUCCAAGCUCUCGAUGUCCUCGUUCGCCACGAUCCAGCAAAGAAAUACAAGGCUCAUGGUGGAGGCGGUCGACGCUUCUUCGAUCCCAAGCUUGCCGUCAAGAUCAGCGGUGGAGCCGAAGUCUACAAGGGUUUCUUCGCCAGCAUCCGUCCAACCAUGUCCGGCCCUGUUCUUAACAUCGACGUGGCCUUUAGCGCUUUUGUGAGCGGUGGUGAUUUCCUCACCGUCGCUGCUGAGGUGCUAGGGCUCGGCGGUGGUGGUGGUGGUGGUGGUCGUGGCGGCCGCGGCGGCGGUGACCGUGGUGGCCGUGGUGGUGGCCGCGGCGGUGGCCGUGGCGGACCUCCUCCUGGCGCUCAUGGUGGAGGCUCUUUGCGCCUCGAUCCGAGACAACAGCAAGAGCUGCGCAAGCGCCUCAGGAUGGUGCAAAUUCAGGUGACGCACCGACCGUCGAACAAGCUACAGAUCUUCAAAGGAUUCUCGCCCCGACCGGCGAAUCAAACCAUGUUCAACUUGCAAGACGGCACACAGACUUCCGUCGCGGACUACUUCUUUAAGACGUACAGCAUUCGUCUACGCCAUCCAGACCUGCCCUGCCUUCUCCUCGGUGGCAAUGGCACGUUCGUCCCACCCGAGCUAGCAAACAUCGUCCCUGGUACCCCGAUGAAUCCCUUGAAGCUCAGCGUGGAUCAGAUCUCUGACAUGCUCAAGAUCAGCGCUCAGAAGCCGGCAGAGCGUGCAGGCCGCAUCGCCGAGAUUCGCAGCAAUGAACUCGCCAUUGAGAAAUCUGCUCGCGUCCAAAGCUGGGGUCUCGAUCUGUCGCCGACGCCCAUGGAAGUUACCGGUCGUGUGCUGGCGCCGCCGAAGGUCGAAUAUGGACAAGGCCGAGUUCCUGCGCCUAUCAACGGAUCCUGGAACCUCAAAGCAGUCAAGUUCGCUAGCUGCCCCUACCAGCUCGUCACAUGGUCUGUAGUCAACUUCACUCGAGCUCCUGACCAGGUCGUGCAAUCCUUCGUCCGUGCCUUCGUGGGGUACAUGCGUGAAUUGGGCAUGGGCAUUGUCGAGGAGCAGCCAGCAAUUUUCCGCGGAGAUCCAUUCGACAGUGGUCUCAUUCAAGGCACUCUGAACAACGCAGGUCGCGAGGCCUUUCAGCAAGCCAAAAAGAAAUUUGCCGGCAAAGCUGUGCCCCCACAAUUGUUCCUUUGCGUGAUGGAUCGAUCAGAUGCACCUUUCUACGACCAGAUCAAGCGGACCUGCGCCCUUUUGUUGGCGAGCCCAGUGCCAUCGCAGGUCGUCAAUGCGAAGAAGGCGUUUAACGACCGUGGCCAGCCACAAUACUGCGCCAACGUCGCCAUGAAAGUAAACGUGAAGCUCGGAGGUCAGAACCAGAUCAUCGCUGGACCACAGAACUUGCCAGGACUUCCUCCGCAAGCCAUGCUGAUCGGAGCCGACGUUUCUCACGGGUCGCGUGGCUCGACACUUCCAAGUAUCGCCGCCUCUGUCGGCACCAUGGACGCAAAGAGAUCUCGCUAUAGCAGCGAAGUCCGUGCUCAGUCCAACAAACGUGGUGGCGCGCAAGAAGUUAUCUUGGAUGCAAAGAACAUGUUCCUAGGACAUCUGAAACGUUGGAAGGAUUCUUCGCCACCCUCUGCUAUUCUAGUACUACGCGACGGUGUUUCCGAAGGACAAUACGUGCAAGUCGUCGAAGCCGAGUACAAGGCUCUCCGCGAGGCUUGCCGCGAGUGGAGGCCGAACUUUCAAGUGCCAAUCACUUACAUCAUCUGCGCAAAGCGACACCACAUUCGCUUCUUUGCACGCAAUCCGAACGACAACGACCAGCGCUCACAAUGUCUGCCAGCUGGAACAGUGGUGGACACUGAGAUCAUGCAUCCAUUUGGUUGGAGCUUCUGGCUACAGGCUCAUGGAGGCUUGGUUGGCACGCCACGCCCUACUCACUACGUCGUCCUGCGCGACGAGAACAAGUUCACCUCUGACAACUUGCAGCAAUGCAUCAACAGUCUCUCAUACAGCUUCCCUCGUGCAACGAAGGCUGUAAGCUUGGCUCCUCCCGCUGUUCUAGCCGAUCUCCUUGCGGAGAAGGCCCGUGCGCUGAUCCACGGCGAAGCUAUGUCGGAUAUCGAAAGCAGCACGCAGGCGUCUUCGGUCGCGCCAACCGAUCUUAGCGAAGCCGAGGCCCGUGCUGUGAUGAAGCAAUUGGAGCGAGGCGCAAACAACCACUUUGUGGAGUACCAGUGGUACCUCUGAGAGCCCCCCUCUCGCCCCUGCUGGCUAUACUCGACCGCUCUUCUCACAAAUGAGAGCCAGAUCGAUUUCUAACAUGUCUUCGCUGUAGUCCGAACCGAAAUCAAAGACGCAAUGAUAAAUCCUGUUCAAUCGAG